CGAAGAGGCGCUAGGAGGGAGGGGCCCUUGUGCAAAAGCUCCAUCCCCUCGCGCUAGGGUUUAAGGCUUUGAGUCGGGAGGCGCCGCCGGCGACGACGACGACUACGACGGGGAGCUGAGAUGGCGGACGCGGCGGUGAGGUGCCUCCGGGACGGCCGCCUCGACGGCGAGCACGCGCCGGCGCUGGCCGUGGAGGGCUCCCUCCAAUGCUGCCCCCUCGCGGCGCGCGCCAUGCUCCACGUCGCCGCCGCCGUCGCCUCCAACGCGGCCGCGGGGAAGGCGCAGGCCAGGGGACUUGUGGUUGUGGCGUUUGAUCGGAGCCCGGAAGUUUACCUGGAUAUCAUGCUUCGGCACGGCCUUGAUUCAAAUGCACUGAGUCGAUGUGUUCGGAUAUUGGAUUGCUACUCAGACCCACUGGGGUGGAAGCAAAAUAUUCGAAGUGAGCAGCACCAAGAGGACAGUGGAACACCAUGCUCAACAAACAAAGACACCAUCACAAUUUUCAGAAGUGUGAAGGAUGUUGAUAAGUUGUCGUGCUCCAUAAUUGAUCUUGGAAGAGGGUUUGAAGGAGAAGGCAAGACCUAUUUUUCUGUUGCUGUUGAUUCAAUCAGCUCUAUGUUAAGGCAUGCUUCAGUGCAAUCAAUUUCAGGCCUUCUUAGUAAUCUUCGAAGCCAUGAUCAGAUAUCGUCGAUCUUCUGGCUAAUGCAUUCAGAUCUCCAUGAAACCAAGUUUUCCCGAGCUUUUGAAUGUCUUUCUACCAUGGUUGCUUGUGUAGAGCCAGAAGUUGUAGAUUCUGUAUAUGGAGAAGAACGUAGGGGGGACAUGUCUUUCCUUGAGCAUAACUAUUCGAAAGCAAAGUUCCAUGUGCGCCUGAAACGAAGGAAUGGACGGGUGAAGCAUCUGUAUGAGGAGUUAUGUGUCGAGGGAUAUGAUGUAAAAUUUAUUUCUGCUACUUCUGUAAGUAUCGAAGUGAACCAAAGUCUACUACCUAAGGUUCAGUUCAAUCUUGAGUUGUCAGAAAAGGAACGCAGUGACAGGGCAAAUGUUGUUCUUCCUUUCGAACAUCAAGGAAAGGGCGAGCCAAUCCGUAUAUACGAUGGACGGCGAUCUCUCCCGGAGGCUCAUCAAGAUCCCAAUUUAACUACGGCAGCUCUCCUGGAUGAAACAGAAGCUCUUAAAUCUGCAAACCCGAAGGGUGAAAUUCAUUACCUUCGUGACUCUGAUGAUGAGCGACCUGACUCGGAUGAAGACCCCGAUGAUGAUUUGGAUAUUUAGCCACAAUAUGAGCUCUGUUUAUCUUAGUGGGCAGCUAUCAAAUCAAAGGAACAUAAGGUGCUCGCGGAAAUUCUUGGAGGCGAUUCACUUUGCCUUGGCGGCUGAGCGAGUGCAAAGUUAUGGUUGAACAAUUUAAGCCCCUGUAGUAUGUAUGGUUGAACAAUUUAAGCACAUGUAUUGUGUAUAGCUUCGAGAGCAUUGGAGGGCAACCUUUGUGUAGGGGUUUGAAAUUUCUUGAAUGCUCAAGACUAGAUGUGUUGAUGGUAGCAUAUCGAGUGAAAGGUCAUCCCCCCAAUGCGAUUUUCUAGUGUGUGUGUUUUUUUGUGACGUGGAUGAAUGCUGUGUCACAAUCGCUCAUAUAGGUCCAGAACAAGAGGAUGUGAGAUGUAACACUGUUUUUCAGUUAUAAGAGUAUACAGAGGGGCGUCUAAUUGCGUA